AUGGCUAAGGAUGACACAGAUAUGAAGUUGAAUAGAACAGGAAUGAGCAAGCCCAAGACUGCAUGUAAACGAUGUCGAUUAAAGAAAAUUAAAUGUGAUAAUAAUGUCCCUAGCUGUAGUAGAUGUGCAAAAUUAAGGGUGCCUUGUGUGGCAGUUGAUUCCGCUACAGGGGAGGAUGUCCCAAGAUCUUACAUAUUAUUUUUGGAGGAUCGAGUGUCAGCAUUGAUGCAUAAACUAGUUGAGGUGGGUGUCAAUCCACAAGAUAUACGUGGUAAAAUACCUGCCAAAAGUGAUGACAAGCCUUGUAACGUGGAGUCAUACAAAAACCUUGAAAAAAAUGAAUCUGACGAUUUACUAGCAAAAUAUCUCCUUGGAAGAGCGAAAGCGUUGAGUCCCACUUUAUCUAUACCUGACGUACAUAGUUCUGGCUCUUAUGAAACAAGCUACUCUACCAAGAAAAGAAAAACUGAUACUGUAGAAGUUAAACUGCCGAAUUUGGAUGCAGCAGUUGCAGAUGGGACAGAUCCCGCAGAUCUAGAUGAAACUAACAGAGCUGUUCUUGGCCUAGCUUCUAUAAAGGGUACAUCGUCAUCUAAUUCUUUCGUGGGGGAUUCUUCAGGGAUGACUUUUGCUAAAUUGGUCUUUACUGCAGUAAACUUUAAACCUGACUUGAUCAGCGAGGAGAAUGAUGAAGGGAUUCGAAUGCGAGAAUUUAAAUCAAAACAAUAUAUCGAGGCUACAACUACUAGCGAUUUUGAUCCAGUAGAGUUACCUCCUAGAAACUUAGCAGAAAAAUAUAUUGCGAAAUAUUUUACAAAUGUUAAUUCACAAUUGCCACUGUUUCAUCGUGAAUUCUUUCUUAAGAAGUACUUUGAGCCAAUAUACGGGCGUUGGAACCCAGCAAUAUCACUAGGUUCUGACUACACAAAAAUAAACUCGGAUUUCGAAUUACCGUCGCAUGCAUAUAUUCCUAAAGAUGAGACAGAUGAUGCAUAUUCUCAGUAUGGGAAUAAACCAUGGUACGAUGUUUUAUCAAUCGAGAGGAAAAAAGAUGAAACUAAAAAGAUAAUUGUACCGAAAAGGUAUCACCUCCCUUAUUAUUUCCUUAAUAUGGUUUUUUCGAUUGGUCUGGGGAUGCAGGUUCUAAUAGCUAGCGUUAAAACAGUCGUGACAUAUAAAAGACGAGCAUACUAUUAUUCACCAUCUGUAUUCAUCACUACUGAUCGCCUAGAGGCUCUUACAGGGACAGUACUUACAGUAGAGUAUGCUUUGAUGAGACCGAAUGUACCUGGAGUAUGGUACGCUAUGGGAACAGUGUUACGCUUAACUGUCGACUUGGGAUUGCAUACAGAAAAAACCAACCAUAAUUUGGAUCCUUAUAUAAUUGAUUUGAGAAGACGUAUGUUUUGGACCGUAUAUUCAUUAGAUAGACAAAUAUGUUCCUAUUUUGGCAGACCGUUUGGGAUUCCUGAAGAGAAUAUAUCAACUCGACUUCCAAGUCUUCUUGAUGAUGCAUAUAUUGUGCCCAAUAAUCAUGCUGUGACAGAUUACUCUAAUGUGAUAAAUUCUGAACCAACAACUAAAGUCGUUGCGCAUUCCAUGAUUGAAGUAAGGAAGAUACAAGCUGAUAUUGUACGCAUUUUAUAUGCACCACAUGCUGAGUUGCCCAGAGAAAACGAAGAUUUUGAUAACUGGCGUGCAAGUAUUGAUGAAAGAUUAGAGCAAUGGUAUGCACGUAUACCUAAUUCGCCUGAAAAAGCGAAUUGUGAAUUCAACUUAUUUUUUUAUGACUUAAACUAUCAUUAUAGUAAAAUCAUUCUGUAUGGACUGUCUCCUAAAUGUCCAAGUUUAAAUGAUGCUGCUUUCCAAAAGUUGCAUAAAGCCACUAAAGGUACGAUUGAUGCCUUUGUUAAUCUUUGCAAUACUUUCAAAGUAAGCUUUACUUGGGUAGCAGUGCAUAACUUGUUUAUGACAGGAAUGACUUAUCUGUACUCUGUAUUUUAUUAUGGGAAACAUACAGAGGACGAUAAAAAUAUUGUUUUACAAUAUACAGAUAAGGUUUUAUUCUGUUUACGUAAUUUGAUUGGUUAUUGUGAUUCAGCUAAAACUUGUUAUCAAAGUUACAAAGUCUUAUCAGCAGCGGUAUUUAAGUUAAAAUAUCCGACUAUUUUGAAUUCGAAUGAUAUAAAGGAUACUUUGAGUAGGAACCAAAUCAAAUUUGUCCCUCCAAAAUUACCUUCCUCCUCACCUAUCUCUAACUCUUCGACAUGCUUUAAAACCGAUAGCUAUGCACCUCAUGAUGAAUUUCACCCUACGGACGAGAAAAGGUUUUCUGAGAUAUUGGAUAUUCCACUUGAUCAAUUUUUUACUGAAUUAGAGAAAGUAUCUGGAUUAUCAGAACAACAAAAUGAGCAUUUUGAUCCUAAAGUCCUUCAAGACGGGAUUAAGUCUAAUGAUGCGACCGAAAACGUUCAUACGGGCCCGUCUAAUUUUGACUUGGAUCGAGAUAUUUUAUUUCAAGUUACUUCACAGCCAAUGUGGGAUGAUUUAUUCAUGGCAAUCGGUAAUGACAUUGGGUCUACGCAUGAUAAUAAUGCCUUUCCAGGUCUUACGUAUAAUGAUAAUAACAAGAACGAUCAAAAUAAUAGUGGAAUGAUGAACAAUAUCUGA